AUGCGCCCCCCAUGCCGCCCCCGCACCGUCCACGCCGCCCACGCACCCCGGCCGCUGCCUGCGCAAACGCCCUUUGCCAAUAUCAAUCUCCCGCCACGGAGAUGCUUCGCCGCCACCAAAAGCAAUGACGCCAAAGCGAAAAGUCUAAACAUCCCCUCCAAGCCCCGCUUCAGUCCCAUUGGCGUCCAGCAUCUUUCUUCGCACAUCCACUCCCAGGUCUUUCCCGGCCCAGAAACUUUCCCCCCAGACGAGCUUGUCACCCUCUCCAAGGAUCACCUCAAAAAGCAUGACUUGUACGGGAAAAACCAGGACAAGAGCCCGCCCGUCGGCUUCGACAUGCCCGAGCUGCAGGGCGCAACGCUCGACGAGCACUUUUACAAGCUUGGCAUGGAUACGGCCGAACCCUUCUUGGGCAUGGCAAAAACCCUAGCAUGGGCAAACCCCCCGCCAAAGCCACAAAAAUGGGUGCGACGCAGCGGCUGGACAAAGUACAACACCGACGGCACCACAGAGGCAGUGGAUGCCCCCGAUGAAACCUUGCUCACCUUCGACACCGAAGUUAUGUGGAAGCAGACGUCGUUUGCGUGCAUGGCAUGUGCAGUCAGUCCAACAGCCUGGUACGCUUGGCUGUCGCCCUGGCUGCUGGGAGAGUCCAAGUCGGAUCGCCAUCUGAUUCCCCUGGGAGACCCAUCAAUCCCCCGCGUCAUUGUUGGGCACAACAUUGGCUACGACAGGGCUCGUAUAGCAGAAGAGUACAACAUUGCCCAGUCCAAAAAUGCUUUCGUGGAUACCAUGUCACUGCACGUUGCCUCCAACGGCAUGUGCUCGCGCCAACGCCCCUCGUGGAUGAAGCACAAGAAAACCCGAGAGCAGCGAGACAAGAUGGCCACGGCAGAUGAGAAUGCAGAUUUGUCGACGGUGCUGAGCGGGGGCGCUCUGCUGGACGACGAAGAAGAGGAGCUUUGGAUAGGACGGAGCGCAAUCAAUUCGUUACGAGAUGUCGCCCAAUUCCAUUGCAACAUCACCAUUGACAAAGCACAAAGAGAGUACUUUGGUGAACUUGACCGUCCAGGCGUGUGCGGCAUGCUGGAUGAGCUACUCGGCUAUUGCGCCACGGAUGUUGAAAUUACACACAGCGUCUACCAAAAGGUUUUCCCACUCUUCCUCGAGACAUGUCCACAUCCUGUCAGCUUCGCCGCGCUGCGGUUUUUGGCUGCCGAGAUACUCCCUGUCGACGAAACGUGGGAUGCCUACAUCAACAACGCCGAGGCCACGUACAACAGGCUAGACAAUGGCGUAAAAGAAAGGCUGGUUGCCCUCACAGAAAAGGCACUCGAGGUCAAGGACAAGCCAGACGUGUACAAGAAUGAUCCCUGGCUAGGCCAGCUGGACUGGUCAGGCCAGGAGGUGAAGAUGGUCAAAGGAAAGAAGAAGGGCGACCCACCGCGGCCUGCAGCACGACAAAAGAAACCAGGAAUGCCCAAAUGGUACAAGGAUCUGUUUGCCAAGAAUGACGCACCCAUGACUCUUACCGUGCGAACACGGUUAACGCCAAUCCUGCUGAGGCUGGCCUGGGACGGAUAUCCACUAGUAUGGUCUAACACACACGGGUGGACCUACCGCGUGCCCAUGGACCAAGUGUCUGCCUACAGCGAAAAGGGAAUAAAAGAGCUGGACAUGUCUGAAGAAGAAGAUCUGAAACUGCGCGACGACACCGCUCACGCGUACUACAAGAUACCACACAAGGACGGGCCCCUUGCCAGAUGUUCGAAUCCGCUUGCCAAGAGCUAUCUGCAGUACUUUGAGAAAGGGAAGCUUGGCUCGGAAUACGAUUAUGCUAAAGAAGCAUUGGAGAUGAAUGCUUCAUGCUCAUAUUGGAUCAGCGCAAGAGACAGGAUCAUGACGCAGAUGGUCGUUUACAAUAAAGAAGCAGGCAAUUCGCCUACGCUAGCAUCGUCCUCUAACGAGGGCCCGGGGACAAAGGUUGGCUUCAUAUUGCCACAGAUCAUUCCCAUGGGUACUAUUACGAGGCGUGCGGUUGAGAAUACAUGGCUUACAGCGAGCAAUGCGAAGAAGAAUCGCGUUGGUUCCGAGCUCAAAUCCAUGGUACGGGCGCCCAAGGGAUACUGUUUCGUUGGAGCCGAUGUCGAUUCUCAGGAGCUCUGGAUUGCUAGUCUGAUUGGCGACGCGACAUUCAAGAUGCACGGUGGUAAUGCCGUUGGCUUCAUGACACUUGAGGGUACCAAGGCAGCAGGCACUGAUCUGCAUUCACGAACAGCGUCCAUCUUGGGAAUUUCCAGGAAUGACGCCAAAGUGUUCAAUUAUGGUCGUAUCUACGGUGCGGGUCUGAAGUUUGCUGCAACCUUAUUACGGCAGUUCAAUCCGUCCUUGACCGACGAAGAAACGAUCAAGACAGCAGAGGCAUUGUAUCAGAACACAAAGGGCAAGAAAGUUACACGGAAAACACUGCACGAAAGAACAUUCUGGCGCGGUGGGACCGAAUCGUUCGUCUUCAACAGACUCGAAGACUUUGCAGAACAGGAAAGGCCAAGGACACCAGUGCUUGGUGCUGCCAUCACCGAGGCCCUGCAGAGACGAUACCUCUCAAAAGGCGGCUUCAUGACUUCGCGAAUCAACUGGGCUAUUCAGUCUUCGGGCGUGGACUACCUCCAUCUCCUCAUUGUAUCCAUGGAUUACCUCACUCGUCGCUACAACAUCGAUUGCCGCCUAGCCAUUACCGUACAUGACGAGAUCAGAUAUCUGGUCAAGGAGGAACACAAAUACAAGGCAGCAAUGGCGUUGCAAGUGGCCAAUGUAUGGACACGCGCCAUGUUUGCACAGCAAAUGGGCAUCGACCAGCUUCCGCAGUCUUGCGCCUACUUCUCUGCAGUCGACAUUGACCAUGUCUUGAGAAAGGAGGUAGAUAUGGAUUGCAUUACGCCCAGCAACAAAGAAGCGAUACCACACGGCGAGAGCCUUGACAUCAUAGCCCUUCUCGAUAAGGGUACAGAGGCACAGCUGGAAGCCUCGGUUCAGCCGAAAUCACCACCAAUGCCCCAGAAAUACACACACGCCUACACGCCCCGCACACCCAUCAUGAACACCCUCUCGGGCUCCGACACUACAUCUCCGUCUGCAAUCGCAUACAUCAAAGCCCAAAUCUCGUCCACCGACGACGAGCUCCGCGAUAUCAUGAGACCCUUCCGCAGCCCACCCACCCGCAAGUCGCAGUCCGCAGAUGACACGGACCAGAUUGACAUGGGAGAGCCACUGUCUGCUCAGGAAAUCCAAAUGUACGAACGAAUGGCGAAUUACGUCUCUACUGGUGCAGUUUGGGGCACCUCGCACAAACGCACGGUUAAUAAGGACAUGCCUGGUAAGUCCUGGCUGCCGAGCCAGUAUUCACCUUCUCGUACUGGCGCUGCGCACAGAGCGGCAAGAGUUUGAUUCUAGGCAUUGAGGGGGUUGCACUUGGGAUGCUUCUUUUUUCCCCGUUUCUUUUUGUUUAUAAUGAUAUUCUGUUGUAGCAUAUUUUUCU